UCACAAACCACCGGUGGCGCCCUUUCUCCACAGCACCUCCACGGAGUCUGUGAUCUGCCAUUUACUAAAAAAAAAGGGGGGGACGAGUCAGGUGUGCGUAAACCUAACGCUGCCCUGGGUUUGCGCAGCCAAACACGGAAGGGGAAUAGCCAAUUCGUACGCGUUUUUCGGUGGGAAAAUAUCCUAGGGGAUGGGCUAGAUUCUCGGGAACUGCUGCUGUCCGUGUCGGGAUUCGGGAGUUGUCCGGCUGUUGGCACAUACACACACAAGCUACAAACAACAACGUGAAAUCCGAAGGGCUCGAUAUGUUCGCUAAUCCCAGGGGACUGUAAUUCUCUUUCAUGGAUCGAAAUAAGUCAUGCAGAGCUCGGACGUGAAAACGACCACCACAGCCGACGACGUGUUGCAAUUAAGCGGAGAGCCGAGCCGCCAGUUUCCAGCGCUUUCAAAACGGCCGUGUGAUUAAUUACAGCUUUGACUGUGCGUCUCAGGAUUGCCUGACAGCCGGGAGGUAACCGAGGAAGCUCCCGGUCUUUGAUGUCUCUGGGUCCAUUCAUCCUUCUGUUGUAAUGACGUCUGCACGGUUAUUUUAAUUCCAUCGGUGAGGCGUUUGAGUGUUCAUCCAGCCCCCAACCUUCAACCGGUGUUGGGGACGACGAGCCUGAGGCGGGUCGACAGUCGCAAGGAUAUGGAAAAGAGAGCGGAACCGAUGCAGUGGGUCUUGGCAAGGCAUCGUCAAAACACAGGGCAGUGAUGCCUGGAAUGGUGAUGUUUCGGCGGCGCUGGUCAGUUGGCAGUGAUGACCUGGUGCUGCCCGCCCUCUUCCUGUUUUUGUUGCACUGCAUAUGGUUGGUGGUUCUGUCUGUAGUUGUGUUCGGCCUUCCAUAUGGCUCAGACAAGUCCUGUUCGGAAACCCUGGUGGACCAUGGCCGAGGGUACCUGGGCAUCCUGGUCAGCUGCCUUAUAUGUGAGAGCGCCAUCAUGUGGUUGAGCAUGAGGGGCAGCAUUUUGUACACACAGCCCAGGGAAGCUGUACAGUAUGUCCUUUACAUACGGCUAGCUAUUCUGUUGGUUGAGCUCGUGUAUGCUGUCGUGGGCAUUGCCUGGCUUGUCCAGUAUUACAAACCGUGCUCUGAUGUCACUGCCAAAAACUUGGCUUUGGGAAUUGUUGUAUGCAACUGGCUGGUAAUUUUCAGCGUUUGCAUUACCCUCAUGUGUACUUUUGAUCCCACGGGUCGGACUUUUGUCAAGCUGAAGGCAACCCGUCGGCGUCAGCGCAACCUCACUACUUACACGCUCAGACACAGGCUAGAGGAAGGCCAAGCCAGCAGCUGGAGCAGGAGACUAAAGUUUUUCAUGUGCUGCACAAGAGCCCAAGAUACACAAUCGGAUGCGUAUUCAGAGGUGGCCAGCCUUUUUGCAGAGUUCUUCAGAGACCUGGACAUUGUGCCUAGUGACAUUAUUGCUGGUCUGGUACUGCUCCGCCAGAGACAGAGGUCUAAGAGAUCAUCUAUCCUGGACCAGGCCAACAAUGACAUUUUAGCCUUCUUAUCAGGAAUGCCUGUCACUCGUAACACUAGAUACCUGGACCUCAAGAACUCGGCUGAGAUGAACAUGUACAAGGAUGUGUGCUAUUAUAUGCUCUUUGCCCUGGCUGCUUAUGGUUGGCCCAUGUACCUGAUGAGGAAGCCUGCCUGUGGGCUGUGCCGCCUCGCCAGCUCCUGCCCAGUGCAGCCAGCCUGCACUGACUUUCCAUCUAUAAAUUUCUUUUAUGAGCAUGCACUGUGCCAAGUAGAAAGGUUUGAUGACAAUGACUGUGCUGUGGUUGCUGGGCUCCAAGUUUACGAGACUCCAUUUUUUGUGGCAGUGGAUCACGAAAAAAAGAAAGUUGUCAUCAGUAUCAGAGGAACUCUUUCUCCAAAGGACGCCCUGACUGAUCUGACGGGGGACUCUGAACGUUUGCCUGUUGAGGAACAGCAAGGCACCUGGCUUGGCCACAAGGGAAUGGUUUACUCAGCAGAAUACAUUAAGAAGAAACUGGAGCAGGAAAUGAUCUUGUCUCAAGCUUUUGGACGAGACUUGAACAAGGGCACCAUGCAUUAUGGGCUGGUGAUAGUCGGGCAUUCUCUCGGUGCAGGCACUGCUGCUAUUCUCUCCUUCCUGCUGAGACCUCAGUACCCAACACUUCACUGCUACUCUUACUCUCCACCCGGUGGCCUUCUUAGUGAGGAUGCCAUGGAGUACUCCAAAGAGUUUGUGUCAUCCGUAGUUUUGGGAAAAGACCUGGUGCCAAGGCUUGGCCUGUCACAACUAGAGGGUUUCCGGCGCCACCUUCUGGAAGUUUUACAAAAGAGUAACAAGCCAAAGUGGAGGAUCAUUGCGGGAGGCACUAAAUGCAUCCCAAAAUCAGAGCUUCCACUAGAGGAUGAUGAUCCUCAGUCUCAGCCUGCAGCACCUCCAAGCAGUCGCUUGUGGCUACACCCCAGUGACCUCAGCAUUGCCUUGUCAGCCUCCACACCCCUUUACCCACCUGGCAGGAUCAUCCACGUGGUACACAACCAUCCUCGAGAGACAUGCUGUGGUCAGGAAGAGCCAACCUAUUCAGCAUUGUGGGGGGACAACAAGGCUUUCAAUGAGGUCAUCAUAUCACCUGCCAUGCUUAAUGAGCACAUGCCCCACAUGGUGAUGGAGGGUCUCAAUAAGGUGCUGGAGAACUACAACAAAGGGAAAACUGCUUUGCUGUCAGCAGCCAAGAUCAUGGUGAGCCCCACAGAAGUGGACUUGAACCCAGAGACCUUGUUCGUCGAUACAUCAACAACCUCUCAGCAGCCAACGCCUACAACCCACCACCGCAGGAACAGCAGUGUUCGACAAAAAACAUUGUUACGCUCGUGUGCCCAGUCUGAAAUAUCUCUGGAUGGUUUCUCUGAGUGCCCCCCUCCUCCAGUGCCUGUAGUACUGCGUGGAGCACGAGAACGUUUGGCAGUGGAGCUGAGGGACCGCAAAGCACCCUUAGCUGUCAUGGAGAGUCUCUCAGAUGCAGAGUCCCUGUAUAGUCUGGAUUCCCGACGGUCCUCUGCUGCAUUAAGGGGUUCACCAAUGCUGGGUAGCCUCCCGUUCCCUUUGGAUGCCCCAAUCCCAGAGGAGAACCCAUCUCUGAGCUCUCGCACUGAGCUACUAUCUGCAGAUGUCCUCUGCCAAGCAACAACAGAGCAUCUGGGUGAGGUUGGGCCCUUCUUUACCCCACUGGAAUCCAGAUCAACCCCAGAUUAUCCUAUGAGGCUGUCCCCUGCCACACCUCGCUACAGUGGACUCCAUUCCCCAGCUCUUCUAAACCAGAGUGUCUUGGCUAAGUCUUACAAAAGUGAGACUAAUGCCAACUUGAAAAUGCUUCCUGAUGAGGAUCACCAACAAAUGCCUGGUGUCUACAGCCCAGGGAGCACACCUGUUGCUCCCCUAAGUCCACAUAUUGGUACUAGACCAAUGGAUGGAGAAAAGGAAGACUGGGAGCUGGAAACGGCAGAGAAACAGUUAAGUGCAGAGACUAGACCAGCGGUUUCUACACCUCCACCCCAUCUAUCCAAUGGAAACCCCAGCCAGGCAGUGCUGGAGUUUGCCCAAUACUUAGACUCUCUUUUCAGACUGGAUGGCAGCAGCUCACCAACUCUGGACCUUUCUGAUGGAGAGUCAGAAUCAGGCCGGGGCUCCUUUGGGCAGGGUGAGUGUCUUGGAGAUGAGCAGCGGUUGGAUGACAAACAACUUCUGGCCAGGGCAACAGUGGAGCCUAAUCUAGUUCCUAAGCCCCCGCGCACUUUUGCUGGAUCGGCUGACCCCUCUUCAGGCAUAUCUUUGUCACCCUCCUUCCCUCUCUCUUCAUCUGAGGAACUCAACGACCUUUCUCCUAGCGAGGGUGCCCCGUCAGCCAUACACUCCCUACGAACAUCACCCCCUUGCCACUGCCCUGAAGAGAACACAUUAUCGUCUAUGGUGUAGAGUGCGCUCUGAAGACUCCAAUGCCCUUUGCUCUGAUUGAGAGGUGCAGUCAAUUUCAGAUUUUAAAACAUAUCACAGUACAUGCAUGCGAUGGAAUGCAGUUACUCAUCUGAGAUCCAGUGACAGAAUUUGACUGACCAACUCACACAAUAUUCCCAUUCUUCAGGUGUACCCCUUUGAACUCUGUUUAUAGCAUUUUCACACUAUUGCAAUGACUAAGAAAAAAAGGAUACCUCUCUCUGCAUGCCAGGGGGCUGUGCUGCUUUUGGGUGAAUAUAUAAAUAACUGUAGCUUCACAAUGCCAUUUGAAAAUGUUGUCUCACCCACAUGGGAAUGCGUCCACAUUACAUCGAUUCCCUGAAGUAACCAAAUCAAAGGGAGAAUAUUUAACUGAGCAGGGAUUCAAAAAUUAACACUGUAGAAGAGGUUAGCAUAGGCACAUCAUCUGGGUUGAUGUACUGGACGACUUCCUGCACACUCAGCAGCUCCGGAAAUUUGUCCAGCUUUUAUUUUUGUUUGAUUUCUUUAAAUCAGAAAUGUGAAGAUGGACAUUUUGUUAAUAAAUAGAAGUGAUAAGAUUUCAAGAAAUGUUCCUCAGGUCUACAAAGAAUUGACUUUGAGAAAGAGAGUAAGUGUGUUACAUUGGUGAGAAUCCAUGUGUCUUAAACAUUUAGUGAUUGUGACAAAGUUAUUUCAGAUGCCUAUGGAUGUUUUUGAGUCUUUUGGUUACUCUUUAUAAUGCAUGAUGAUAAUUUUUUUUUGUAAUUUAUUUAUUCUUCGAGAGAAAUCAUCAUUAAAACCACCUUAGACUGACAUUUGAUUACUUGCGCACAUCAUUGCUCAAUUUACCCCUCUUGCCAAAAAAAAAACAUUUAAUACAUCGUCUUGCCAAAUGUAUUUAUGGGAUGUAAUUUUGUAUAUGUAUAUGGAUAUUGCUUUAUUUAAAAACAAGCUAAGUUCACUAUCUCCUUCCAUAGCCAUCCUGUUGAUUACCCACAAAGACUGUUACACAGCAACUCCAGAAAAGAUGUCAUCCUGACCUUAAAACACUGCCAUGGCUUUCAUUUCCAAAACACAGCCUCUGUACACCGGAGUUUAUAGGAAUAUCAAACUUGCUAAUAGUUGUCCUAGUUUCAUAAUAAUUACUGUACAGUUCUUCUUGGAGAGCUCUUAGAAACAGGUCAGUCUGCAUGCAUUCCAGAGUAGCAUGGCUGGUAUAGAACGUGUCUUGUCCUUAAGCCACAGUAAAGAAGCUCUAAACGUGUCCAGAAAUUACCAUCGUAUGUAAACUCAAACUUUUGAGAGGCUCAAAGGUCGCCGAGGUCAUCAGACAGGACCAAAUUAUAUAUCCUACAGCUCUCUCGGGAUAGAUUUCUCUUGUUCUGAAGGUGCUCUGUCAUUUUGGACGUCAAGGCGUUUGCUUCCCUUUAAUACGGUUCAUCUCAAACAUGCUUGAGGUUGGACUGAAUGAAUAAGUGUACUCGAACAUUGCAUUUGCCGACUCUAAAUGCUGUGUGCAGCACAGUAUCUUCCAUAUCACUCUGGGUGUAAUCGAUGGGUCACGAUUUGAAUUAUUACACUUAAUGUUGUUAUCACUUUUAUUGCUAUAUUUGCUGGUAUUAUUAUCCUUAUUGCUCUUGCAACAGAUUGGUUUGACGUCAGUGGUUUUUAUCUCAGUUUUUAAGGAAAGUAUGGAGAACUUUUUCAACUUUCCCAGAUGUAAGGAGUUAAAUAUUUCAGGGUUUCCCCCCACCCCCACCCC